CUUUCUUCGUCAAAUAAAUCUUGUGCACUGUGUAAAAGAACUUAGAAUAAUUCAUUGAACGAGACAUUGUUUUCUUCUUCAUCCAACUCUCUUUUCUUAAAAAGAGAAGAAUCUAGAAAAGAUUGGAAGAGUUUGGGUAGUCAAGAAGUUAAUUUGAAACAACAAUUACAGCAACAACAAAUAUACAACGAGAGCAACAAUUUAACCGUGCACACGUCGAAUUAGUGAAAAUCUCAAGAUCAUUCGCCGCGUAAUCUUCAAUCUCGUCGUGUUUUAAUCUCAGCACCUAUGGAAAGUGAUCCGUUCGAGGAUCCACCUUACGGACGUUUCAGACGUCGAAUUUAAGUGACGAAAAAGAGUGAGACUUGAAAAUUUACGGAGAAGAGAAAAAGAGAGACCCUUCUUCAAAAAGACAUUUUCAAAUUCAUCACAAUUGCUAAAACAUAUCCAGCAAAAUUGAACGAACUAUCGUAAAACGCGAACUACUAGUUUUCUUUUCUGCCGAACGAACACAUAUACAUCGUCCGUUUAAAUUAAAAAAAAAAAACAACAAGACUACUUUUUUUUUAAUUAAUUAAUUAAUUAAUACUGUGGGGGUUUUAUUCGACGAAUAAACAUUCGUAAAAUAUUGUUAAUAAUAAUAAUUAUAUAAUAAACUUUUUACGAAGAUACAUAAAGCAAAAAGGAAUAAACAAAAAGACAUUGACAUUGGUUGACAAAAAAAGACUUACUAGUUUUUAUCUUCCCAAUAGGGGGAUAAAAUAUUGUAAGAGAAAAAAAAAAAGUAACAAAGUUUUUUAAAUAAAGCUCAUUUAUAUAAACAGAAAAGUAAUUAAGGUAUACGAAGAAAAUGGCAAUACCUUUUUUGAUACCUGCCGCCGAGGAGGACCAGCAGGAGUUCUCCACUCAACAGCUGCAAGCCAUCCUAGCGUUGUAUUCGGCGCUAGAAAGACAUCUACGCACCAGAACUGGUGCAACACCGACAUAUAUAAAUAAUCAUCGGGUAGCUUUUGGACCAUCUGGAUUAGUUUUGUUAGAUCAAGAUAUGUCAGGAUUACCACCAUUACCAGAUUUGGUAUCAUCGGCGAUGAGACAAUUGCAGCCACCACCCACGCCGAGGGUUACGGUAUCUGCACCUACUAGCCCUACGAGGGAUGCAACUUUUCAAUUUCCUGAAUGCAGUUCAUCCAACAAUGCAGCAGUAGCUGUUGCUGCUGCCGCUGCAUCGUACGCUGAUGCUGCCAGAAAUAGAAAUUAUAAUAAUGAAAAUGAAGAUGAUGAAGAAGAAGAAGAAGGAGGAAAUGUGGCACCCGUGCCAACUCCAACUCCAAGGCCAAGACCACGAAGGAACAGACCUAGUAAUGUUCGUGUACCUUUCAAAAAGGCAUUACCUGUCUGCAAUGGCGAAUUAGCGAACAAUUGUUCCGAAUAUCCUGGCCAUGUUUUAAGCAACGAACAAUUUUUGAUUGACAUCGGGACCACUUUGAGAAAAAUCGCUCAAGAUUUGCAAGCAACCAAAAGCAAGAACAACGAAAUGGAAAAUUUACGACUUUCGUUGAUGUCAUCUGGUUUUUCGAGCAACAACACAAACAGCAAUAGCGAGGAUAUAGUGGGUUCAUUGAUACCAGCAUCCUUUAGAGAAACGACGUUAUGGGUGACAGUUGUAUUAUACCUUGGCUGGACUCUCAUCUCUCGUCUACGAUAAGUCAUAAAGCUUUCAACACGCCUAAUCAUCAUCCCAGAGUAUCAUCGCAUUUGACAAGAUUUGGGGGAUCACAUUAUCAUCGUUUAACAUCAGCAAACAUAAAAAUCUAAUGGAAAAGCACCAAC